AUGGCUCAAAACCAACGCCCCUUAAUCUACCAACGCGUGACGCCAAUGCACAGCAUAAUCGAGACGACCACAGCAAUCCCUGCCAACCUUUGCCCACCAAAUGACCGGUGUUUACUACGCGCACCGCUCCAAUCCACUCCACCUCAACAACCCAAACCUGUACCUCAACCAGUGACGCCUCGCUACUGUGUUCCGAUGAGUAGCGUACAGCUUUUUAUAUCUUCUGGUUUCAGGAAUGUUCUAGAACCAUUGGUGGGCGGUGCUUAUAGCGACAACAACCAAUGA